AUGGGUUUCACUAAAGUCUUUUACUUUAUCCUUAUAGUUGUUCUAUAUGAUCUCAUCAAUGGUGGUUCCUCCACCACUUUCACUGUCGUUAACCAAUGCAACUACACUAUCUGGCCGGGACUUCUCUCCGGCGCCGGUACAGCUCCGUUACCCACCACCGGUUUCUCCUUAAACUCCUCCGAGUCACGACUCAUCUCCAUACCCGCCUCUUGGUCCGGCCGCAUAUGGGCACGAACUCUCUGCACCCAAAACGUCACCACCGGGAAAUUCACUUGCGUCACCGGCGAUUGUGGCUCGUCUCAAAUCGAAUGCUCCGGCGCCGGAGCGAUUCCUCCGGCUACACUCGCCGAGUUCACACUCAACGGCGCCGGGAAUCUUGAUUUCUACGACGUUAGCCUUGUCGACGGUUACAACGUCCCGAUGACGAUCGUCCCUCAAGGCGGAGCCACCGGAGUAGGUAACUGCACCGCCACAGGUUGCGCGGCGGAUCUCAACGGUGUUUGUCCUGAUCAGCUUAAAGUAACGGUGGAAGAAGCCGAAGGAGGAGUGGCUGUGGCGUGUAAGAGCGCUUGCGAGGCGUUUGGAACGCCGGAGUAUUGCUGUAGCGGUGCGUUUGGAACGCCGGACACGUGUAAGCCGAGUGAGUACUCUGGUUUAUUUAAGAAAGCUUGCCCUACGGCUUAUAGUUAUGCUUAUGACGACGGCACAAGCACCUUCACUUGCUCCGGCGCCGAUUACCUCAUCACUUUCUGUCCUCAAAGUGAGGAGAGUGCAUCCGCCCCUGCAUAUAGGGAUCCCCAACCGGACACGUUUAACGUUUCAGCCGCAGCUUCUCUAGCCGCGUCACCUACAUUUUCAGUUGCGUUUUCAUUAGGCGUUUUAGCUGCUGCUGCGGUUUCAGGGGUUGGGAGUGGAACUUGGUGA